AUGGGGUCAGCAAGAAAAAGAUUAAAUACCUCGUCUGAUCCUAUACAAGAACCCAUACAAGAAAAAGAAUUAGCGAAACAAGAAGUAGCAAAGCAAGAAGAACCCGCCCUUCCUCCCGACUUCUUUGAUAAUUCCUCAUUAAAUAAUUCUUCUACAAAAGAUUCUACUACAAUGGAAAUUGAUGAACAAGAAUGGAUAAAUUUUCAAAAAGAAAUUUCAAAAGAAACUCAAGUGAGUAAUAAAAUUGCCAAUGCUGAUGACGAAGAAUUACAAAGAGAUAGAGAUGAAAUGCAAGAACGGGAGCAAGAAUUUUGUUUAGCAAGGUUAGAAAAAUUAAAAGAAGUUGCCAAACGUGUGAAAGAGAUUCGUGAUAAUAAUAUGAAAAGCGAAAAGAAAAGCACAAAAAAUUUUGUAAUAAACUGA